AUGACCGCCCUCUUCAGAUUGGCCGCCCUAUGGGCCUUCGUGGUCACCUGGUGUGCUGCCGAGGAAGGUGAAGAUGUCAAGGGACCAAUGAUCACGAACAAGGUCUAUUUCGAUGUGUCGAUCGGCGGCAAGCAGACUGGCCGCAUUGUCAUUGGCCUGUAUGGCAAGAAGGUGCCGAAAACUGUGGAGAACUUCCGCGCCCUGUGCACGGGCGAGAAGGGCUUCGGCUACAAGGGCUCCAAGUUCCACCGGGUCAUUAAGGGACAGCCGAGGUUCCUUUGGGCAGGUGGCCUAGGUUUGGCUUCUUGCUCUUCACAGGGCUUCGAGAACCUUGCUCCUGCAGGUAAGCACGAAUGA